UGCAGCACCAAUCACAAGCAAAAGUGAACAAUUUCUUUAAAACUGUCUUCCCCUGUUGCUCACUCUGCUCAGCUGUCACGUCUACUUUUAGAAGCUGCUAGUUAGAUAUGUAACCGUACAUAUUAAUUUCAACCGGUUUCCUGUGAGUAGUUUGUUGUGGAUCACUUUCUCAUGAGGAGCUGCCCUCCAGCCUGCGUCCUGCUAUGGCGCCCGUGUACAGCGGGUCCCACACCUUGAGCAAGGAUGAUGUGAAUUACAGGAAGCAUUUCCGAAUGAUAAACGAGCAGCAGGUUGAAGAUAUCACCAUAGAGUUUUUCUACAGGCCGCACACGAUAACGCUGCUGACAUGCACGGUGCUCAGUCUGAUGUAUUUCGCCUUCGCAAGGGAUGAUGAAAAUAAGGACAAUAAUCUCUGGGUGGGGCUGAUUCUGGUCAUCUCGUUCUUCCUUGUCAUUAGUGUUUUGGCAUUUCCUAACGGUCCAUUCACCAGGCCACAUCCAGCAAUAUGGCGUAUCGUUUUUGGUCUGAGUGUCCUCUACUUCCUGUUCCUGGUUUUGGUCAUCUUCCUAAACUGGCGGCAGGUGAAGGACCUGAUGUAUUGGUUGGACCCAAACCUGCGUUAUGCCAAGAGAGAGGCAGACAUAAUGGAUUACGCUGUGAACUGUCACGACAUCACCUGGGAGAGAAUCCUGAGCCAUCUUGACAUUUUUGCAUUCAGCCAUUUCUGGGGCUGGGGUAUGAAGGCCCUGCUUAUUCGAAGCUAUGGCCUCUGCUGGACUAUCAGUAUUACCUGGGAGCUUACUGAGCUCUUCUUCAUGCAUCUGCUGCCUAACUUUGCUGAGUGCUGGUGGGACCAAGUGAUUCUGGACAUUCUGCUCUGUAAUGGAGGAGGCAUCUGGCUCGGCAUGACUGUCUGUCGCUUUUUGGAGAUGAGGACCUACCACUGGGCCAGUAUCAAGGACAUCCACACCACCACGGGGAAGAUCAAACGCGCUGCUCUACAGUUCACCCCCGCUAGCUGGACCUACGUACGCUGGCUUGACCCAAAGUCCUCCCUGCAGCGGGUGAUGGGCGUCUAUCUGUUCAUGAUAAUCUGGCAGCUUACAGAGUUGAACACAUUCUUCCUGAAGCACAUUUUCGUCUUUCCUGCAAGCCAUCCUCUCAGCUGGUGUCGGAUCCUGUUCGUUGGUAUCAUCACAGCGCCAACAGUCAGGCAGUAUUAUGCGUACCUUACAGACACACAGUGCAAGAGAGUUGGGACCCAGUGCUGGGUGUUUGGGGCAGUAGCCUUUCUGGAGGCCUUGGGAUGCAUUAAGUUUGGACAGGACUUGUUCUCAAAAACCCAGGUCCUGUACGUGGUCCUGUGGCUGCUGUGUUUGGCCUUCAUUACAUUCCUCUGCCUGUACGGAAUGGUUUGGUAUGCUGAAACCUAUGGUCCAAAUGAAAAGACCCUCUCAGAAGACGACUGUUAUUACAAUGAAUAUGAUGAAUAUGCGCCAGAAGAGUUAAAAGAAGACACAUCGCUGGACGAAGACGAAGACGACGACGAAGACGACGACGACAGCCCGACAACCAGACUCAGAGGGAAGGGCUCCGCAAACACCCAAUCUGUCAACGGGCUGGACAGCCAGUAGGAGUCGGAGCCAGUGGCUGGUGUGUGUCUCCUGAACUCACUCCAAGGAGCCAGGUGUGAAGGAUCCCAGGUUGAAAAGGGAGUAAAGAUGCAACCACUUCCUGGUGUAAAUAAAAUCUAGAAAGCUUGCACCUACAGUAGAGGGAGUGGAGACAGAGGAGGAGAAGUGGAUAUCAGGCCCAUGCAGAGUUAUUAGGAGUGCACAGAGGCUUGGGCUACAGAGAUGAACACUUUAAACUGUGAACUGUAGUCAUAAAAAAAAAACUCCUGAACCAUUGAUCACAGGUUUCUGUGUGUAGAGACAGAGAGAGGGAAAAUGGUGUAGAUGUGACUGCAUGAUCAUUGUAGCUAAUGAACAAUAAUUUACAAACAUGUAUUCUAUGACACAGUAUAUCAAUGAUGGCCAAUGUACAUUUGACUGGUUUACUCCAGCCGUAACUCCAGUAUGUUGGACCAACACAUUUUAAUGUUAAAAGCCAUUAUGAAGAAUUUAUUACGUUAAUUGGACCCUUUAUGUUUAUAGCACACAAAGGACAACGUCUAUUAAAAGCAUCAUCAUCUAUCGUCUAUUUAAAUCAUAGAUGUUCACACUUGUUUCGUGUUUGUAACUUGAAUGUGGGCAGAAUUUCAAUGCAAGCUUGUAAGGAUCAUUGACUGAGGAUUGUGUGACCAGGAACAAAACGAAACACAUAGUCUAAUCACUUUCAGAAUGUUUUCUUGCAAAUACUGUACAUUUUGUUAUGCUUGAGUAUUAUGUGAAUCAUUGUGACCUUGAGUGAUUUUACUCUCCGUGUCCAUCUGUGGCUGCUUUUUUUCUUUUUCUUUACUUUACUGAUUACAGAGGACAAUUAUUCCGAUUCCUGCAUGAGACGUCAGGCUCGACCUGUCCGAGUGCACGUCUGGUUUGACUGUCAACCUUCUUGUUACGGCAUAUAUCGCAUCUGCAUGGCUGUGUCAAAUCAAGUGUUUUAGUAGUAGAAUAUUACAAGAGUACUCGAGAUCUUUGUAUAACACCACACAACAAGGCGCCAGUAUUGUUAUUUUUACGUAUUUCACUCUCAUUGUAACAUUUUAAUUCACACCUUGUGCCUGUUUGCAUGUUUCUUUUUUACUCCAUACUUUUUUCAGUUUGUAUUGAAACUAAAUUCUGCCUUUUUGUGUUUGGUUCUUCUGCUCUUGAGUGCUUUCUUGAAGGUUUAGUUUCAUUGCUCUGUCAGCAUCAUCUAAAUACACAUAUAUCCUUCAUAAUCCUCGACAAUCCAGAGGUGGACCUCUGUGGAAUGGACCAGGCUCCUCUGCUACUGUAGACACGACUAAGGGUACAUGUCUCUGGAUUAAGAUGUAAUUUGCCAAAAAUAAUUCCUAUAAAAAAUGGCUGUUCUUUUUCACUGUGAAAUAAAGAAACAUAAUAAAAUGUUUUACAUUUCCUCUUAAA